UCAUUUUAAGAACGGCCGUUGCCAUUUAAAACAGUCGUUGUCAUUUUAGCCCAUUUAUGAUGUCAUACUCGUAUCUCCGGCGAUCGGAAAACGCUCCGAGACAUCACGCGCGAGUGCCUUUGGGUUCCCUGUGGUACAAGAGCCCCGCACGUGAGUUUUGUGUUUACAAUAAGGCGGAACAAGAAGCAUCCACGUGCGAACAACAACAACGCGAUUCUCCCCCUACAAUGCAUCCGAUUCGGAAACCAACCGGCUGGAACGCAUUUUACCAGUCAGUUGCGCCAGAUGUACAGAAACAGCUGAGUGAUGGGGCAGGAAUCGGAAAAUUUUCCACGGUCGUUGGCAGAAUGUGGAAAAAAUUGCCUGCGGACAGAAGAAAGUACUGGAAGGACAAGGCACAAAGCAUAAGAGAGGAUCUUGACACAGGCAUGGCAACGAAGAAUAAGUGUGCUUCUUGUCAAACAGAAUUUUCCAGAAGUAAAGAUACUUAAAAGUAUCAUGAAAAAGGAUGUCAUCCAUGCGUUUGCAAUGAAUGCAAUGAAACAUUCGACCAUGAAAACAAGUUAAAAAGACACAUCAACAAAAAGCAUGCAGCAAGCUUCAAGUGUGGGGACUGCGGAAAGACUUUUGCAGAGAAAAGAAACCUCAUUAGGCACAGCAAGUCUCAUCAGUAGUCCUCUCUGUUGUUAUCAGUUUUGAGUAAAAGACAACAAGUGAGGACAUGUUUUUUAGACAAUAAUAGAGGAAGGGGUGCAGAAAAUAUUCUAUUAGUAGUAGUAUUAGUAGAUUAGUACAACCUCCAUGGUCAAGUCAAAAGAGAAUUGAGAAUUGGAAUUUUAUACAGUUUUGUUAUAUGUCUGAUUAAAUAAACAUUUAAAUAGUA